AUGGGCGGAUUCGACGGCAGCUACGUCUCGGAUGCGGAAGACGGCAGCAGAGACAGAGACAGCCAGGGUGAAGUGGGAGAGGCUGUUGGAACAGUGGACUGGACAGACAUCCACAUAUACGCCGACGUCCUGAACGUCCUUGUUGACGUCCACGGUGGUCUCAUGCCAGACGGCUCUUGGGGCGUGACCAAAUAG